AUGGAUAAUAAAAUAGAAGAACCGAUAUUUACAUUUGAAAGUAUUGUUAUUCAGCAGAUUCAAGGUGUACAAUCUGGUCGAUGGUCAAUAGAAAAAACAAUUUAUGAUAAAUUAAAUAUACAAACUGAUUUACCUAAUGCUGAUCAUAAACCCUAUUUAGAUACAAUUAUGAAAGAUUAUUGUAUGAAAAGAGUAUGGACUGAUUCACCAAUAAUAAAAGAUAUAUCAUAUUUACUUCCAUCACCUAAUCAAAUUCUUAAUAACGAACUUAAUUCUAUUAGUAGUCAAGAUUUAAUUGAAUCAAUAGAACCAUUUAAUGAAAUAGCUGCUUAUUAUUCUCAAAUGGUAAUUAAAGAUUUUAAUUUAAAUCAUAUACAUCAUCGUUUAUUAAAUGCAUGUCGUUCUCUUGCUUCAACUUUACAUGACAGAGUAGCAUGGCAUUCAACACAUCUUCGUCUUAUUCAAUUAAUUGAGCGUUUUCCUCGUUUAAAACUAUUUUUAAUCAUAUGA